GCCGCGGAAAGCGGACUCUCCGAGGGUGAGGCUCUUGAAGAAGGAACUGGAAGAGAUGCCAAGAGUGCUGCUCGCAAAGAAAGAAAAGCAGCAUUGAAGGCCAUGAAAAGAGAACGACGGGCGCAAUCCCCAAAGGACAAAGCAGAUGCAAAGCGAAAGCCUUGCGACAAAUGCAAUCGCAGUGUGGACUUGCUUGUACGCUGCCGAAUAGACGUAUCACAAAAGUGGUUUAUGUUAUGUGGACGUUGCUGGCACUCCGUUUCUGGCGGUGUGCCAGAUGGUGACUCCGAGCAUCCACACUACAAAUAUGGCGGACUCUGGAAAAAUCGAGCAGCGAAGGUGACAACUCCGAGUUUUGCCGGAGCCAAGGUGAAGGCCGACCUGCAAACUCUGCAAGAUACUGAAGCCGAAUGA